UGUAUACAGCCCUUUUGCCACUCAACGUCUUGAGCCAUCGAUCGGCUCAAAUAGUAGUGAUGAUUCCCUAAUAUCAGCAGGAGACAUCACGACUUAAGGGGACGAAGGCGCCGAGACCUCAGCCGAGACCCUCGGACCCUCGGGAGGAUCGCCUGUCUCGGAUGAUAAGAGGGCUGCAAGCGGCAAAUGAGCCGUGCCGACGAGUGGCGCCACGAAGAAAAGUGGCGCUUGCUUCGAUAUCUGCAUUCGCUCCGACAGCAUGCAGCGCACCGAUGUGUAUGCGUCGAAAACAUACUCUGGAAGAUCAGCCCAGGUCAUUUUAAAGAGCAUCAUGAAACCAUUGGAGCUGAUUUGUUCGUAAGUGCGCUUGCGAAUGGGUUUGGGUUUGAACGACGUGUACCAGUUCAUCAUCAGUUGAUGCAACUUUACCACUGCUUUGAUGGCGCUGAGGAGAACCGCGUUGAUUGGAGAGAAGUCGUGUGCUCUCUCUAUGCAUUUGAUAGCACCGGACACGUGCAUAGCCACCCGAUCAAGCUACUGACCUCAUUUUUUCGGCUUUAUUCAUUGCCGACAACAAAUGCCAAUAUUGUUCCCCGUGUCGAUGUGAUACGUAUGAUCUCGCUCGCAGCCACAACUCAUGCAGAGUUUACUGCCGUGAGCCAAAUUGGACACCAUCUUCCAGAUAUGGUCAAACUCACGGCUUUUCGCGAGGCGCUAAUCGGCACGCCUCAAGUUACGGAAGCCUUUCGAUCACAAUUAUGGAAGCGACUUCCAGAUUUGUCAAAGCUAACUUACUUGCAACUGCAGGAAGAUGCAACUGCCCGUUGGUUUGAAGGCUACAUUCAUCAACAAAAUAUGAAAAAAGCAGUAAAACUUCGAAAACAGAGUCUGCUAUGUCGCAGCUUUCGUGGUUGGUGCCAGUUAAGCAAAAAAAUGCGCAUCGUUAAGAUCCAACGCAGAAUAGUGCUCCUUCGCAAGUGUCGAGCCUUAAUUUCGUGGUGGAACUUGUACGCCGUUGAACGACGUGCUUCGUUUGAGCGAAGACAAGUUGCUGCUGUUCUCGGCCACCGAGCAUUGGUGCGCCGUGUAGUCAUCUUACGUUGGCACCGAUGGAGUUGUAACGAGCGUCGUGUUCGUCACAUAUCCGGGGCGUUUCGUCGACGUGCAGUCGACGUCUCCCAUGGGAGCUUCCUUGUUCGGCGUGCCAUGGCGUGUGUAUACAGGCGAGACGCAAUACAACGGUGGAGCGAUUGGAUCAAAGCCGCUUCUCAAGCAGAUGGGGCAACGAAGUUAAUGCGCAAGUUGCUAGCUAAGCGCUUCUUUGCGGGAUGGCACUCUCAUGUUCACUUUGUCAAAUUGGCGCGAACCGCAGAAGAAGAUUCGAUCCGCAAUCAAAUCUACUUAACAGCAAUGAUCCAGGGGGCGGGCCAGGAGCUGGCGGCAACAAUCAUGGCCGACGAGCAAAACCAGCGAAGUAAGCGAGAAGAUGGCAAACAGCGAGCACUCUCAGACAAGUUGCACACUCUGGCAUGGAAGACUCGUAGGCGCCAGGCAGAACACGCCGCUGAUGACCGUGUCAAACUAGCUGUGCAGCAAGACGCACGGGCAAAACGCAUCGCCGAGAAUAAAGAAGACCGCGCGGCAAGCUUUCAUGCCGCUUGGGCGGCAAUAGAGAGGCAGUACAUUGAGGAGCAGCGUCUUGCCACUCGACGAUGGCUAGAUUCUGGUGCAUCUAAGAACCAUGUUUCCAAGGAGUUCAAACGAAUCAAACGAGAGUUUUAUCGCCCUCCAACGCCCAGGAGCAUGGAGCGUGAGAGAAAUCUCAAGGCACUUUCUUCCAUUGUGCUUAUAAAGAUGGAGGCAAUUUUAUUCCAAAAGGGGAUAGUCAUGGAGCAUUUCAUUCGGCAAUAUGACGAAGAUUCCAGCGGGUUUCUAUCGCACAAUGAAUUUAGGUCACUUGUCAAAGAUUUGCCUAUCGACCUGUCUGCAGAGCAAAUUCGCCUAGUGAUACAUACUCUAGACAGUGACCAUGAUGGGUAUGUCGGUCUAAAGGAGCUAGAAAAGGCGCUUGAUAUAGUUCAUGCACAUAAUGGUGUAUCGGCAUCACCCUGGAGAAUGUACGUCGAUCCUGCGCAAGAUGUGAUUUGCUAUCAUAAUCUUGCCACGGACGAAUUGAUUUUCGAGCAUCGCAUGAGUGAUCGCAAGUUGAUGGAAGUCACCAAGUCGAACUUCCUCGCUGAAACAGAGUUAGAAGCCAUCAACCAUGCAUGGACUCGUGUCAGGGAGAAUUACGCAAGUGUGGUCUUGGCUAGGAUGUAUAGAGGGUUUAAAUCUAGGAGAGAAUUGGGCCGACUAAUGUGGAAAAUUCAAGCUCGUAGACAAAAGAAAGACACCGAUCGAUGUGAAAAACAAGCAACACGCUUACAGUGCUGGUGGCGAAGCAUCCUCGCUUGUCAGCUUUAUGACAUUAAGCUACGGCAUGAUGUCGAGAUCGUCCCCGACCUAUUUGAGCGUCGACUGUGUCUACAGCGCCACCGGGGAUCGAUAGAUUAUGUCCUUGCUGUUGAACAGAAUCAAAUGUAUUUUGUAAAAUGGAGUACAUCGCAGGAAAGAGCACAUCUUCGUACCUGGGCAAAACCACCUGGUUACCAGCGGUGUACUUCCUGCUUACGAAACCUUGCUUUACUAGAAUGCACAACAACUCCCGGCGUAUUCUGCUUUCGAUGCUUCCGCGAUAUCUUUGAUGCGCGAGAAUUUAUGCACGGCGCCAAAAGGCAAAGGCGCGUUGCGCCAGUAAUGCUGCUUCAAAAGAGUGGGGCCACAUUGUUCAUGGGCUAG